CGCGAGAUUUCAGGGCGAGCGUUUGGCGCAUAAGCACAGCUCUCAUCUUUCCUGCAAAUAGACUGGAAAUGAGCCGCGGGUGGUGGGGGUUGUUGCAUUAAAUGAAGCUACUGUUGUGUGUUGUGAUUCGUGCCGUUUCGUUUCGAGUCCGCCGCGUUUACCGAACCCGGAAUAAAAGAUGCGACUUUGCUCUCAGUCAGCUAGCCUAGCAAGCUAACGAGCUAGCAGCAGCAUCAGCUGCGGGUUAAAGACGUCAGUGUCGGGGAGGCUGCUCGCUGGGAAAUGUAUGUUCUCUACACGAUUAUCGCAGCUUUGGUUUGUUUCUUCAUUUUGAAAUGGAUGAAGAGGAGGAGAUAUUUCACCGACCUGCAAAGGCUGGAUGGUAAAACAGUUCUUAUAACAGGUGGUAAUUCAGGCGUAGGUAAGGAGACCGCUGCCGCCUUGGCUCUGAGAGGUGCCCGUGUCAUCAUCGCUUGCAGAGACCCGGACAAAGCUGAGAAGGCUGUGAGGGAGAUCAAGGUGAAGAGCCACAGUCUGAACGUCCUUCACAUGGAGCUGGAUCUGGCCAACCUGCGCUCAGUGAGGGAGUUCUGUAAGAGCUUCCUCCAGAAGGAGAAGAGGCUUGACAUCCUGAUCAAUAGUGCAGGCAUGCCCAGCAUCCUCGACUGGACGGACGACGGCUUCAGCAUGUGUUUCGGAGUCAACCAUUUAGGUCACUUCCUUCUAACCAACCUGCUCCUUCCUCGCCUGAAGGAGUGUGCCCCCAGCCGGGUGGUGACCCUCACAUGCUCCACCUACAAGUACCAGAAACUGGAUUUCCAGGACCUCAACUACAACCUGCUUCCGUUCUUCACCUACUGCCGUAGCAAGCUGGCCAACAUCUACUUCAGUCAGGAACUGGCUCGCAUCACUGAAGGGAAGGGAGUGACUUCAUACGCUGUGCACCCUGGUUUUAUCCAAAGCGGCUGGACGUGCCACUACUCCUUCCUGUUCCGUAUGCUGAUGCAGGUGGUGAUGUGGAUGUUUUUUGUGUCGUGUGAGGUCGGGGCUCAGACUGUCAUCUACUGUGCCGUGUCAGACGAAGCUGCCAAACACAGCGGGGGCUACUUCGUCGACUGCCGACCCGCCGCGCUCCGUCCUUUUGCCAAAGACGCUGGUGUGGCCAAAAAACUGUGGGAGGCCAGCGAGAGACUGGUGAAACUGGCUUAAGGAAGACGCUGAGGACACAUUUAAAUGACCCCUCCCCUGCUGGUCUUUGUGUACAAUAUUUAUGCAGAUUUUGUUGUUUUU